AUGUCUGGCAUCUUCAACGUGAAGUCUGUCAGCAAGCUGGUGGAGAAUCAUGUGCAGCCUGUGCUGCAAUCUGUGCCGGUAGCCUCCAAGGAGUUCUAUCUGUCCCCAUGGAGCUUUGAUUUUUCAGAGCAGUCGAAGUAUGGGGAAAAGGGUAGGUUCCCAACGAACUUGCAGUUCAAAGCACACUUUGGCAGCUUCCUGCGCAAUGGUUACGAGUCAAGUCGCGAGCCAAUUGAUGUGCGAUUUCCUGAGCAGGGAACCACGAUCGAACCGUUCAGUGUGCAGUUUGUGGAUGGCCAAAACAAGAUGUUGAUCAUCCAGUCCAUCUUAGCCCUGGACAUCAAACCCGAGGAGAUUGAGGAAGACCAUCACUUUGCUUCAGUGCUGGCGAGCUUCAGAUACAUCAGUCUUGCAAACCGCAGAGCGGAAAAGACAAAGCCUUCCUGCUUGGACUUUGUGCUUAUCUUCCGAGAAGCUGCUCGAAUCAAGCGGCAAUCUUCUCCGCACUUGAGCCUGCGAGACUGUGUGUGGAAUGCAGUUGCAGAGUACAACAAGACAGUCAACAAGGAAGCUACUGAUGCAGCUGUCUUGAAUUGGGCUCAUCGAGUGCAAUCUGACUACAACCGAAAGGCUCCAAAGAAUUCGAGCUCAAAGCAGAAGAAGAUGGCUCAGCGAGACUCAGCUGGGCUUCAAGAUUUGUUCAGCCUGGCCUGCUUCAUGACAUGGCUGGUGCCCAAAAUGGAGGUGCAGCUUGGAGCAGGCUCCGAGGUCUUGUCCAAGAUCAUGGAGACAUGGGAGCAUGGGGCCCUGGACUCUGAAUUGCGGGCACACGUGAAGGGCAACGAUCCCUCCUUUGACAUCAACAAGUUGGCGUUUUUUGCAGAGGCCACAGGAACAGUUCAAGAGGGGCACAUUUUGGAGGCACAAAAUGCUGUUGCCAACGCGCGGAAAAGCUCCCUACAAGCUGGAUUCAACCUCUUCCGGACUUCGCUGGGCAACGACCAAGUACUUCAUGAACGGCACUUGGCAGCUUCAAAGACAGAUGAGGCAAAAGCCCGCAGUGCAGUUCUGGGUUCUUUAGAGGCAGAUGGGGAAAGAGAGAAGACCAUCAGUGCUAUUUCAGCAAAGGUGGUUCCAUGGGUUCAAAGCACUCUGAUGAACUGCGCAAGUGGGGUGCGAAGAUCAGAGUCAGAGCGGAUCAUCGCAUGGUGCAAUUGCGUGACUGCGGGGGUGCUUUCAGCUGGGAAAACGGAGUUCGCUGUGAACACCAUCACGUCCAUGGCUCACAGCAAUCCACGUCAGUUCGUGGCAGUGGUGGUGCUUCCCAACCGAUCGGGUGACCUCAGACUUCCGACCAAGCAAGAAAAGCAGGAGGAAGACGAUGACAAUGACUUUGAGGUCAAAGAGUUAGGAUCGAUGGACGCUCACAUGGUAACAGUCGAGGAUGAGGAUGACGAGGAUGACAAAAAACAGGAUUCGGCUGAGUUAGUGCUGCAUGAGUUUGUGUACAAGCUCAAAAGCUACUUCUUGGAAUCUGAGAGAGCUCUGCGUGUGCGCAACUGCAGCAUGGUCUUUGAUGAGAACACAGUGUAUGGAAACCGUGCUGGGGUCCAUCAGUGUUUGCUGGUGACAUCCAACGACAAGAACAACGUCUUCUUGAAGAGCAAAGCUUGGAAGACUGGGGUUGUUCAGGGUGCAGCCAUGCUUCCGAGAGCAGACAUGCUGAAGGUGGAGCGAUGCAGCAAAGGCUUCGCCUCAGAAGCCCGUCUCACGAGAGUCCAGGAGCUCAAGCAGCACAUGGCCGGGAUCAGCGUUGUGGAAAAGAUCAUUGGUUCCCUCACCGAUCCUUCGGACAACUACAACAUUGUGGUGGACCUCUUGGGGUUUGAUGGGUGGACGGCAGCAUUCGCCCUGAAUGAGCUCUGCAAGGGGAACAAGUGGGCUACAGGGACUGUGUGCCAUUGCCUUCACGAAACCUCGUUCGUGGCUGAAAUCACCAGCAACAAGAUCUUUUCCCUGGGUCGAGAAGGAACGCUGAAAAUCCCAGGCUUUCCCAACUUCAAGGCAGUGCUGACUGAGUUGCGGAAGUCUUCUGUGACAACAGCCAAGCCAGAAUAUUCGAUCUGCACUCCGUUACCUGAUGGGGGCUUGGUGAUCAAAUCAGCUUUGAUCGACCUUUGGACGAUCAAGAAUGAGGGGUUCAAAGACGAAGCAGAACAGCUGAUUCGAGAUCACAACAAUCGCUUCAAUCCUCGUGGUGUGAAGAGGGGGGAGCCGAGCAAUGCUGAGAAUGAGGCACGGGAGGAGCCUGAAAGGAAACGGCUCUGCAUUGAAAAGGCUAUGAAUCUCUCUGAUGAGUCACUGCUGGAAGACAAGCUCCCCAGCACAACUUAG